AGAAAGAAAGAAAGAAAGAAAGAAAGAAAGAAAGAAAGAAAGAAAGAAAGAAAGAAAGAAAGAAAGAAAGAAAGAAAGAAAGAAAGAAUAAACACAAAGUGACUUAGGUGUAUAGAAAACAAAAGUGUUUCACUGACAGACUCCUAAAGGGAAGAGGCUUAUUUACAUUCUGGCCAGACCUGUUAUUCACAUGACACUGCACCUGAGCCACCCAUAAUGACAUAACACAUAUAGUCAGGAGUCCACAUAAGCCUCAACAUGAUCAGUGGAAGAAACUUAACAGAUAAAAACAUGGAUCACAUAAAACACAGAACACAGGAUGGAGCAGCGAAGGCUGGUGAAUGGAAAGACGAGAGAUGGAAAAAGGGAAAGCGCUUGGAUAACAAGGAGGGAUGGAAUGGCGCUGGUUUAUGUGAGCUGGAACUGAAAAUAAGGAUGGAGGUUGGAUUAACUGGAAAUAUGGAGGAGAGGAAAGAUCGAGAGAAACAGAAUUUUAAAAUAGUAGGAAAUGAUACAAAGGGACAAAGCAGAAUUAUAGAUGGUUUGAAGGUGAAAUCUGGUUAUGGAAAGAUAAGAACAUUGAAGAAGGAAGUCAAAGCAGCAAAUGUGAUUAUGAAGUUACCCGCUAGAGAAGAAAGUGUAAGUCAGCUGGAUGUCAGUGAAUACCUGGUACUUUUAAAGGCACUACGCAUCAAUUUGCCGAAAGGUGUUUUGAACCCUAAAGUCAUCAAGCUCUCACACAAUGCAAAUAUCAUUCAAAAAGCCCAGGAUAUUGUAAAAGACCUGGAAAGCUUCAAACUCCAGUUUAACUGCAUUCCACGUCUUGGCUGCAGAAAAGUUAAGAACUCACUGGCACUAAAAAACAACGGUAAAGUUCUUGAAAUGACAAUGAUGAUUUUCUUUAAAAAAAUUAAAGACACUGAGAAAACACUUAGAGCAAAGUGGAGGGAGAACACAUCAAACGCAGUCUGUGGAUUCAGUUUCAGACACAAAUACAAGACAACAGCCAUCUCCACACCUGCUAUGUAUGCGACAACACAAACAAGGAGCUGGAAACAUUUAGAGGUUGGAGACAAUGUUGCAAAUGUAUCCGAGGGUGUGGCAGUUAAUAUUAAGACUAUUGAGGAAAAAGAGUAUCACAAUGAGUCAUCUCUCUCCCAAUCUUCCCCAAAAUUUGGUCAUUUCUUCCAGAACCCAGCAGAUGAAAUUGAAUGCCUCAAAUUCUUUCAUGAGUUGGGUGAAAUAGGCAAUGAGCAGAAGGUGAGGUAUACCAGAUAUACUAAAGUAGACUUUGGCUUUCUUAGUGGAAGACUGGACUUCUUAGCAGACAUUACAGACUCGAAAGUUAAUGCCAAUGCAAAGGGGUCAGAAAGAGAUAAAAUGUUGAUUGAAUGUAAAGGAACAGCUGGGGACAUGGUAGGUAAACUCUUCACUAAACCAAAUAAUGAUAGCCGUCGUGCACAGCUGGAUGAAAAACACGAGUACUGUUGUCAGGUUCAGGCCUACAUGUACAUCUUAAACAAGUCAGCAAAACAAACACAAGGCUUCACGUCAGAUAGGGCUGUCAUGGUGAUCAGACACUAUCACAAGAAUGGACAAAACCCCAGAGAUUUCUACUGGAAUUUUCUGGAGAAGAAUGAAACAGUACAGCAACAGAUAGAUGAACUCUGUGCUUUCUGUCAGGAGGAGGUCCUGGCCUGUUUUCUGGCUGUUCUCAAUCUGAUAUUCCAGCUUGAGAUUUAAGAGACUGUCUCAAGGUUGAACCAAUUUAUGUAGAUAUCUUGAAUACUAGAAAAUUUGGUUGGGUAUGAAGUUUAUUUGAAAUCAAAUGUCAACACUAAACUGUUUAACUUUUAAAAAAUGAAAUGCAAGGUAAACAAAGUAAUGUUGCACAUUAUACAUUAUACAAUAACAAUAGAGUGUAAAUGAUUAUUUUAAAUGGAUUAUCCAUGUAUUAAAUGGAUGCCAACUAAUUAGGACAAUAUAAGACCUUUCUACUACCCCUAACCUCCCUUACGAAAAUUGACCAUGGUUUAACUACAGUUAAAACCAAAAAAUCAUGGUUACUGUAGUAAAACAAUGGUUAUCACAAAAUAACCAUGGUUUUGAAAACCAUGUUUUUUGUAAAAACCAUAGUAUACGAUGUUUACUGUACUAAAACCAUGGUUUUGCCCCAAGUAAUCAAUGCACCAAAAAAACAUGCUUACUACACUUGUACCACAAAAAAAAACAUGGUUAAUUUUCGUAAGCCAUACUUUAUUAUUAAACACCUGUUAGCCAUUUUUAAAUAUUUUCAUUUUGUUGAAAAUAAAUGCUUGUAUCUGAUUUGUGAUGUGAAAAUGUAGUUUUGGAAAAGGAGGAUUCGAUCUUGCGUUCAUAUGUAGCUUCAGAAGACUGUUAUGGACUACAAACACAAUGGACUACAACAUUGUAUUUAUUUUACUCUGAAGCUAAUAUUAAGUGUAGCAUUAUCCAUUCGA